AUGAUCUCUGUCUACUCUGUCUUCUUAACUCUGCUGCUUUUCACUGAGCUGAGCAGCCACUCAGUCACCGUAGCCAUGCCUGCAACUAAUGCAGAGGAUGGUACAACAGAAGAACACGGCCUGGGUUUGAUACUGGGUGACGAGUCGAUCUCUGAGCCCGCUGUGAUCCCACCGGUGUUCAGGCAGCGCCGAAUCAGGGAUGAAGAUGGGAACCCAACAAUCAUCAUCUCGGAUGCAAGGCUGAAAGGGCACAGUGUUCGAGGGCUGAACCCGGCCUUCACUCGGAGCCUUCCUCUACUCGCAGAUCGAAGCCUGAGCCACACUCCUGCCGAGUACAGCGUGAAGAUAGAUCGCAGAGAUACCGACCUUGACAUGCUGCGAUGUAUGAUUGGAAGAGUGUACCGGCCCUGCUGGGAAGCAUGA